CUUUCUUCCCCGGCCCCCCGUGGAAGUGCUCCCUUUCUGUUCCUCUGGGCCUAGUAGCGCAGUCCCCAAACUCCACGCCUGCCUUGUUGUCGUUCGGGGCCGGGAGAAGAAGUUCGGCUGCUUGGGCCUCCCUCUCCCCGCACCUCCCUCACGAAGCUUGACAUCCCAUCUCCGUGCCUGAGGCACCGCCAAGCCACACAUCCAGGACUUGGGCCAGGGCUGGGAAAGAGGCAGCCAUGACGAGAUCAGUGUCUUGUUUCCUCUCUCACUGGGGUCUCCACUGCACUUUCAGUUCUCCUGUCUCCCGAGUUGUAUACAAUGGCAAGAGAAACAGCAGCCCUCGCUCCCCAAGCAACAGCAGUGAGAUCUUCACUCCUGCACAUGAGGAGAAUGUGCGUUUCAUCUCUGAAGCAUGGCAGUGUGUGGAGCGGGAUCUCCGCAAUCAGAUGGCAAGUGGUGAACGGGGACUUGUGGAGGAGUAUGUGGAGAAGAUGCCAAACCCCAGUCUGAAAACUUUCAGACCUGUUGACUUGAGUGACCUAAAGCGGCGGAACACACAGGAUGCUAAGAAAUCCUAAAAUGGCUCGGCCUGCCUCAGCCCCAAGUGCUGGCGUGUGGCCACUGGUACAUGAAUUUGAUGACUUUGUGUUGGUUUCCUCCUUUGGUCUGGCUUGUGCCUGGGGCUGGCUCCGAAUUCCCUAAGGAAGGAUAGGCUUCUUGCCUUUUCUUCACAGCUUCCCUUGGCCUGGCCUGGCCUGCCUGCCUUCAUUCUACAAUUGGCCCUAGAAAUUACCUUUCCCCCUUAGUAAAUGACAUUUUACUCUGAUGGUGGCCAAGAGGUUGGUGUGUACCCUGUCUGUUUUAGGAGUGUGGAAUAAGGCAGAAGAAUCAGGAACAAUAUCUAAUCUCUCCCUAUACCCGUCUCAAAGCCCAGCCCUUCUUAGGGCAAGGCUAAGAGAGAAUGAUGGGACAGAAGCAAUAUGGGUUUUCGUUGUCCACCCUAUCAAUACAUUGUGAGAAUUCAGACUGACUCCUCAUACAGUACCUGAGCUUUUAGACUGGAGGAUGAAAGAGUGUUGUGCUACGAUCUCCAUAUGCUAUCUGCUCAGCUCUGUGGCACAACAAUGGAGAAACUCUGAAGAUAGAGGCUGAGGGACCCAGGUACAAAGUCUCCCAAGGGAAAACUCUUUUGGGAUUCUGUUGUAUAGGAUAAAACUGAGUCGACUCCCUUAUUCUGAGCUGAGCAGGUACUCCAGGUUCUGCUGUCUUUACACUCGGCUGACUUGCAGCCCCAGCCAGGGGGGGCAGGUAGCAUUUCUGAGCUAGCCCCAGAGCCCAGCCCCUGUGCCCCAGCAGGGCUGGGGACAGCCUUGGUGUGUGCUGGGCACUGGCAAGUGGCAGUAGUGCCCAAGUUUGUGUCCAGCUCAGGCAGUGAUGUUGGGGACCCUGCUCAGAGUUGGGUAGGCAAGGGGCAUGGUGGCUGUUCUUUUCCCUUUGUAAUGUCCCCUCUUGGUCUGUGUCUGUCUUUUAAGGAGUGUUGUAAAUAAAAACUGGUUAGUCAUUUUGA